CGUUCGCCACUGGAGGGGACCUAUCUUCUAGGAAUCGUCCUAUAUCCCACCUCAUCACAUCGCAACUCCCAUCUUAGGAACGCAAAGAAUGGCGGCCUUUGACCUCCUGCUAUCCUUAGCAAUACCCGCACUGAUCGUGGUGCAUCUGCUGGUGGCCCCCUAUACCAAGGUCGAGGAAUCUUUCAACAUCCAGGCUGCCCACGAUAUCCUCGUAUAUGGGACGCCCACCAGCGACGUGUAUCGUCGGCUCUCGUCCCAGUACGACCAUUUCGACUUUCCCGGCGCCGUCCCCCGGACCUUCGUCGGUCCCGUCCUGCUGGCCGGGAUCAGCCAGCCGGUCAUCGCCGUGGUGGGCUUCCAGCACGCCCAGCUCGUCGUCAGAGGCGUCUUAGGGCUCCUCAACGCUGCCGCCUUGUUGAUUUUUAAGUCUAACGUGGAGAGGGCGUUUGGAAGGUCGGCCGCGAGGUGGUAUGCCUUACUGCAGCUCAGCCAGUUCCACAUCAUGUUCUACGCCUCUAGAACGCUACCAAACAUGUUUGCUUUUGGCUUGACGACGUUGGCGUUCUCGCAAUUGAUAGACCGACCCGAGACGAAAUCGCAGGUGACACGCUACAGGGUAGCCAUUGCAAAUCUAACCAUUGCCGCCGCCGUGUUUAGGUCAGAACUGGCCAUUCUCCUGGCGACGACGACCCUGUAUGGUCUGGCUACUUCUAGGAUCUCCCUCGGCCGGGUUAUCCCUACUUUCCUCGUCUUCUUUAUCAUGUCUCUGGUGUUGUCACUACCGAUUGACUCCUAUUUCUGGCAAAAGCCGUUGUGGCCGGAACUUUGGGGCUUCUACUACAAUGCCAUCCUCGGCUCUUCCUCCGAAUGGGGGGUUUCGCCCUGGCAUUACUACUUCACGUCCGCCAUACCCAAGAUCCUUACGAACCCCUUGAGCACGGCAGCUCUCAUCCCUUAUGCCCUUUGGAACGCUGGAACAAGGAGCCAGGUACGCCCGCUGGUGGUACCCAGCUUGCUUUUCGUGGCGAUAUACUCCCUGCAGCCGCAUAAAGAGGCGCGGUUCAUCUUCUACGUGGCGCCGCCGUUGACAGCCACGGCAGCGCUUGCGGCAAACUACGUAGUCGCACGCCGCGCGAAAUCCUUAAUUUGGGCGCUCGCCUCCGCGGUGAUCGUCGGCUCGGUACUGAUUUCGUUCGCCCUGAGCACCGGCAUGCUCAUCAUAUCAUCUCUCAACUAUCCCGGGGGUGAAGCGCUUUGGGAGCUGCGCAAUCUGGUCACCUCUUCUUCGUCCCCCGACCUGCAGAUCGUCAUGGUACAUACAGACGUAUUGUCUUGCAUGACGGGAGUAACCCUCUUCGGACAGCACCCCCGGCCCCCUAACGACCCGCGACCUACGAACGACAUAACGUUCCAUUUUGACAAGACUGAAGAUGAGAACGCGUUGCGCAGCCCAGAAUUCUGGGAGAAAUUCGACUACGUGCUUGCUGAAGACUCUGCCAAGGUGAUCGGAUCUUGGGAGACGGUAGGGGUGGUGGAAGGCUUUUCCGGCGUUGACGUAGCAAAACCAGGUACUCCGUUGAGAAGUGACGUUGAAAGUGGCCUCGGCGAAACUUUCGGUAGAGGGUCUGUUGUGAGGGACGCCAGAGAGUACACGAGGUCACUAACGGGCGGGUGGUGGCUUGGCCCGAAGAUGGAGCCAAAGAUACAUAUCCUACGCAAAAUACGCGACGGCGAAGCGAGACGAGCCGUAAUAGAAUGAAGCCGCCCCUUUUUGGCUAGAUGAGUAGUACACAGAGAUGACGACUGCUUGGUGUAAUGUGUCUUAAGCCCCACCAGGAAUCGUCCUCGGUAAGUGGGGAUAGGGACCGACGACCCCAAGCGGCGCUGUCUUGAGUGUGGUAAUACAUGG